GUGUUCCUUCUCGGAAGAGAAGUUGCGCGACACCACCCUCGAGGUUCUCCACGUCGUCAUGCAUUCCCCCGACAUCAACAUUGCGAUUGAUCGCGGUGGCACAUUCUGCGAUGUGUUGGUCCAAAUUGCAGGCCAGCCAGAUCUCGUAUUCAAGCUACUCUCCGAAGAUCCAGCCAACUAUCGCGAUGCCCCGACCGAGGCCAUCCGGCGUGCCCUGGAAACCAUCGAGGGUCGUAGCAUCCCCAAAUCGGCCAAGCUAGACGGCUCACGCAUUGCAUCUUGUCGCAUCGGUACCACGAUCGCUACAAAUGCGCUCUUAGAGGGCAAAGGCGAGAAAUUUGCCUUCGUGGCCACCCAGGGCUUCCGAGAUGUGUGCACCAUCGGAGACCAGACUCGACCGAGGCUCUUCGACCUCAAUGUCCGGAAGUCUACGCCUCUUCACCACAAGGCUGUAGAGGUCAACGAGAGAAUUACGAUCGAUGAUUAUGAUCUCAAUCCGUUCCCGCUGGACGCUUCAAGGGCUAUUUCCGACCCAGAACUGGUCCAAACGGCUAGUGGCGAAAUCGUCCGGGUGAUUCAGCCCCUAAAUGUCGAAGCGGUUCGCGAGACCCUGCGCGAGCUGAAGGCAGAGAAGUAUGACUCUGUGGCGAUCGCAUUCAUGCACUCAUAUCUUCACCCGGGGCACGAGGAAAUUACAGCCACCUUGGCUCGAGAGCUUGGUUUCAAAUAUGUUACUACUUCAGCUGAAGUCAGCCCUGCCAUCAAGUAUCUCCGCCGGAGUAACUCGGUGUGCUCCGAAGCAUUUCUGUACCCGAUCGUUCAACGAUACGUCGCCGACUUCGAAGAUGGGUUUUUUGUCCUACCACAACGGGUUGAUUUUAUGUGCUCCGAUGGAGGACUGCGGUCAUCCCGAAAGUUUCGAGGAAACGAAGCUCUCCUCAGUGGUCCCGCUGGAGGAGUGGUUGGGAUAGCGAAGACAUGCUUCGAUCCUAGCAAUCCCACUCCCAUAAUCGGCUUCGACAUGGGUGGGACCAGUACUGAUGUCUCACGAUAUGAUGGAACUUACGAUUACCUCAGUGAGACGACGAUAGCCGGCCGCCUUAUAACCAUCCCGAUGUUGAAUAUUGCUACAGUGGCCGCUGGUGGAGGGUCGAUCCUCUUCGCCCGAAACGGACUGUUUGUGGUUGGUCCCGAGAGUGCAGGGGCACAUCCGGGGCCUGCCUGCUACCGGAAAGGGGGACCUUUGACUGUUACAGAUGCGAACCUCUUUCUGGGGAGAUUGGUGCUGUCCUCUUUCCCCUCGAUCUUCGGACCGAACGCCGACCAGCCGCUUGAUUAUGAGAUUACGGCCCGCAAAUUUAAAGAGAUUACCAGGGAGAUCAAUGAGCAAACGGGGCAGACUCUCAGUCCGGAAGAAACUGCGCUUGGCUUCUUGAAUGUUGCAAACGAGACCAUGAGCCGCCCGAUACGAAAUGCCACCGAGGCUCGCGGCUUUCAUCCCGAACACCAUAAUCUUGUGAGCUUUGGGGGAGCGGGUGGCCAGCACGCCUGUUCAAUUGCCAGUCGGCUGGGUAUCAGGCGCAUUCUUAUCCACAAGUAUUCGUCAAUUCUAUCUGCGGUUGGUAUUUCAAAAACGGAGUUGCAAGCAGAGGCCAUCGAACCAUCUGUUGCCACGUUUGAUCCAUCAAUCCUUCCCAAUCUGAACGUUCGAUUCGCUGCCUUAAAAGAUAGAGUCACGGAUGAAUUAGUAUCUCAAGGAGCGAGGGUCGAGUCAGUGCGCUUUGAUGAGUCGUUAAGUUUGAGGUAUCAAGGGACUGACACUAAUCUAAUCAUCUCCAAGCCGGCUGACGAGGAAUACGGCGCCGCAUUUCGAGAGACACAUCGCCGCGAAUUCGCCUUCACACUAGAUCGGCCCAUCAUUGUCGACGCGUUGCAAGUACGUGGGACUGGUGGAGCCGAGGGAUGGCAAGCAAACUCCGCGUCGCCUUUCAAGGCCCUAGACGAGGCCAAGGUCCACCGGAAAGAAGCUAGAUCUCAAGGUUCGCAGAGAGUCUUCCUUGAGACCUCCUGGCAGAGGAUUCCAUACUAUACUUUGGAGACCAUUGGUCAUUUCACCGUCCUUGAAGGCCCAGCGAUUAUUAUCGACGCAACACAGACCAUAUUUGUGGAGCCUGACUGGGAGGCAUACAUUCUGCCCGAGCAUAUUGUUCUCGAGGCAAUCGACCGCAAACCAGAUGAGAGCUCUCGGGUAGAGUCCCAGAGCACCAAUCCGAUCCAGCUCUCCAUCUUCUCCCACCGCUUUAUGGCAAUCGCCGAGCAGAUGGGUAACACCUUGCAGCGUACCUCAAUUUCAACCAGCAUCAAAGAACGUCUGGACUUCUCCUGUGCCAUAUUCUCUCCAGAUGGCAAGCUUGUAGCUAAUGCUCCUCACAUUCCCAUCCACCUUGGAAGCAUGCAGUACGCGAUCCAGUACCAACACCGUCUCUGGGAAGGCAAGCUUCAACCGGGAGAUGUUCUUCUUACCAACCAUCCAGAAUGCGGCGGGACCCACCUCCCAGAUCUCACCGUUAUCAGUCCAGUCUUCACUGGCGAGAACGGAACUCUAGCAUUCUACGUCGCCUCGCGAGGUCACCACACCGACAUCGGAGGCAAGGGAAUCACAGCCAUGAUGCCCGACUCCAAGGAGCUCUGGGAAGAAGGGCUAAACGUGCAAUCCCUCAAGAUCGUGGACAACGGCGUCUUCCUCGAAGACGCAGUCCGAGCAGCAUUCGAAGCCGCCGGCGACCACCCAGGCUGCAGCCCCAGCCGACGGAUCAACGACAAUAUCUCCGACCUUAAAGCCCAGAUCGCGUCCAACCAACGCGGUAUCCUCCUCCUCCAGCACCUCUGCGACCAAUUCACCCUCCCCACCGUCCACUGCCACAUGCACGGGAUCCAAUCCAAUGCCGAAGCCGCGGUCCGCCGCUUCUUCCGCACCCUGAGCGCCCAGCACCCCGCCCCGCUGACGGCAGUCGACCACUUCGACGACGGCACCCGCAUCCAGGUGACCAUCACGAUCGACCCGACCACCGGCGGAGCCAUCUACGACUUCACGGGCACCGGCCCGCAGAGCUGGGGCAACUACAACUGCCCGAUCUCCAUCACGCACUCGGCCGUCAUCUACACGACGCGCUGCCUCAUCGACGAGGACAUCCCCUUGAACGACGGCUGCCUGGCGCCCAUCGACAUCCGCAUCCCGCGGGGCUCGAUCCUCCGCCCCAGCGCCGCCGUCGCCAUCUGCGGCAGCACCCUCGCCAGCCAACGCGUCAUCGACACUAUCCUCCGCGCCUUCGGCCGGUGCGCCGCCUUCUCCGGCUGCGCCAACAGCUUUGGCUGGGGACUCGGCGGAAAGGAUCCCGUCACCGGGACGAUCACCCCCGGCUGGAACUACGGGGAGACUGUGGGGGGCGGGUGCGGCGCCGGCCCCACGUGGCACGGCGAGAGCGCCAUCCAGUGCCACUCGACCAAUACCAAGAUCACGGACGCCGAGGUCGUGGAGAAGCGCACCCCGGUGAUCGUGCGGCGGCAUGCGGUGAACCGCGGCACGGGUGGACGCGGGAAGUUCCGCGGUGGGGACGGCGCCACGAGACUGAUUGAGGCGCGGGUGCCCUUGCGGUUCAGUAUUCUCAGUGAUCGCCGGGUGUUUGCGCCGUAUGGGAUGGAGGGCGGCGGGGAGGGGUCUGUGGGGACGAACUUUGUGUAUAGGUGGAAUGAGGGGAGGACGGGGCAUGAGAAGCUGUCGCUUGGGGGGAAGGCGGCGUUGGCGUUGGAGGCUGGGGAGUUGAUGGAGGUGAAUAGUCCGGGUGGCGGAGGGUGGGGAUGUACUUUGGAGGGUGAAGACGAUGUGUGA